AUGACAAUGCUGAUAACAGUAUCAUCUACCACCCAGCCCGCUCCCAUCCACCGCCACCUCUCUCCUCCUCCCACCCUUCCAAAGCCCGGGAAGGACAACCUGCGGCUCCAGCGUCUGCUGAAGAAGGCUGCCAAGAAGAACGCCAUCCGAACUGCAGAGCAAGCCAAGCCCUUCCGCUCCAGCCUCUCCCCUGUGAACGAGGCCAGCUCUGACGUGGAGCACAAUGAGAGCCCUGCAGCAGCAGAGACUCCCAGGGCAGCAGCGCCCGUGGCCACCAGCCCUCCAGCCCGCCUGCCCAUGCCCCCUCCUGCCCCCCGUCUGCCCUCCCCUCUCCGCAGGAGCAGGCCUUUCACCCUCAAGGUCACCGAGCAGCGGCGCAUCGCAGAACACCUCAUGCUCACCACCUCCACAGCCCUGCCCCUGCUACAAAUGCCAGGAGCUCUGGAGACUCCACAGCAGCCUGAAGGCGCAGACACCCACCAACCCUCCUCACACGACCCUUCCAUAUCUCUUCUGCACCAGCCUCCUUCUUUCAGCACACCCAGUAAAGAAAACACAUCAGAGGUUACCCACGUCACCAAGGCACACAUUUAUUUCCACAGUGUGAAGCCACCCAGAGCUAAGACACCCACAUCAAUCCAGACCCAAGGAUCAGUUAGCCAUGAAGACAUGAGGUCUUCUUCUCUAGUACCCAAAGUAGCCCAAAACUCGGAAGAAUCUCUAGGGCAGACACCCACCCCACUUGAUGAUAGUAAGGCAGUGGCUCCUGCACUGAACCCUCCCCUCCUUUCUGCUGCAGAGGCAGAGCCUUCUAAUCAAGCUCCAACUCUUCCUCCAACUGAAGAGCCCACUAAGGCCCCUUCACCCAAGCCCAGCUUCCCUGAUGCCCACAUCAAUAAGCCUAUGACCCAUGAAAAUGACUCCAAAAUAGCUGGAUCAGAGCGCACUCCUGAAUUACCCAAGCAAGAUGACAACAUCCUAAAAUCAUCAACACCCAGCACUCCCUGGAGGCAAGCACAGCCAGGGACAGCAACGCCAGCACAAGCUGUCAGUACCGAGGCCACCUCCACAGACACCAGGGAAGAACAUGUUGUUCAAUCUCAGGUGACCCCCAGCUUACCAAACAGCAGCCCUCCCCUCAAAGCUGAGUCAGCACCAUCAUCAGAAGCAGCAAAUCCUCCUGGAGCUAGAGUCAGUGGCUGGCAUCGCCUCAGGAAGCACUUGAUGGUGCGACCAGAAACACCCAGCUUCCCAGAGCCCAAGGAGGAAAAGCUAGGAGAGGAGGAAAGGAGUAAGGAGAAGGACAGCUCUCAAGCAAUUGUCAGUCAAGACCACAGGCUGUUUAAAUCAAGGGCCAUGAGGAUGUGGGAUGCUAUUUUAUAUCAGGUUGCAGUCAACAAGGAGAAGAAGCAGCAAGCAGCAGAGAAGAAGGCACAUAAGGAGGAAAGCUUCUUUCUUCCCCGCCGCCUACCCAUCCUUCUACAUAAGCCACGCUUUGAUGCCCGGAAACUGAAAGAACUGGCCUCCAAACCCAUGACAAAGUUCAGCACCGUGUUUGAGGUGAGCCGGUUUAGACCCAAAGAGCCCGAGGAGCACGCCAAGAGCUUUAACAGAAUGGCAUCAGGAUGGUCAGUCCACUGAAGCCUAGCACUUCCACCAGGUCCACAUCUCUGGAGGUUCCUACACGACACCAUGUAAGACAUCACCUAUGACUGGUUUACUGCUAAAUA